UAAGUUGCUCGUAUAUUGAGUACAUUCUCAACCAGUCCCGCUUCUCUGUAAUGAGCAUUUGUUGGAUAGUUGAUUUCUGCUGAUGGGUCCUGUAAUACUGUUUUCCAGAGCCACUGAGUGAUGUUUUGAUGGUUCUUUCAGUUUGUCCAGAAUGAAGAAAGGAGCGCACCCUCAGAGGCAGUGGAUAUCCUAUGUGACCCAGAGUGGUAGAUUGAUGCAUGUUAUGAUGACAAAAAUCCAUAAUGUUGGCAAAGUAUAUCACUUCAGAGCAAAACGCCAAAUGGCUGAAAGUUUAGGUCAGAUUGCCAAAUUUAAGCGUCGUUAUGGGCUGGAGAAUGCUGAAGAGGAGGCUAAAAAAUGACCUUGAAGAGUGGUAUUCAAUAGUUAGAUUUCUCAUAUAUUGAUGUUGCUUUAAAAAAGUUGAACUUUGUUAGUACUUUGAAGCACAAUUGCCUUGUUUAGUUGUUUCCUAGUUUCCCAAAUCCUAAGAACUAUCCUUGUUGAUUUAGGAUGUAUCCAAAGAAGGAAUGAAUAUCCUGGUUGAAAAUUAGUCGUCUCCCAAAUCUCUUUCUUUAUUUUCUCUCUCCCUUUCCAUUUCCUUUUUUUUUUAACAUUGUGUUUAAUCAAUCUGCUUAUCUUUGUUUUAUGAACAACAAUGAAGAUGAGUAACUGUUAUCCUUUCAUGAACA